UAAAUCAUUUCUCUGGGUGUAAUUAAACUAAUUUUUAAUUUAAUUAAUUUAAUUAAAAUUUAAAUAAAAAUAUUUAAAUUAGUACUAAAAAAUAAAAACAUAUAAUAAAAACAUAACAAUAAAUGAAAUAGAAAAGUAAGAAAAUUUUUAAUUCAAUAAUUAUUCCUUUUUUAAAAAAUCAGAAAGAAAUUUACUAUUAUAUUUUACCAUUCGACAAAUAUUAAGAGUCGAUAAUGAAGUGUCACUCAUUAUCAUAAUCUUCUCUUCUUUACCCUUAAAAUGUCAAGUACAGCAGUAUACUGUAAGUUAAAAGUGAUUUUUCGGAAAACUCUUUCCUUUUCCUCGAUCAAGGUAUUUUUAUUGGGAUUGGCUAAAUGUUGAUGCGCCAACUGGUGGCAGAAAGUUGAGUUAAACGCAGUAGGUAGAAAAAGUAAACAAACCGGUGAAAACUAUGGAAAUAUAGCAAAGACAUUUUUUAUUGUAGAGAAAAAGUGAAUUUUUAAGUUAUAUUAAAAAAGUUAAAUAUCAUUUUAUACCGCAAUGGAUGAGAAAGAAACAGCGGAACCAGUUCCAACAAAAUUUUCAAAAAGUAAAAUAUUCUGUUGUGUUUAUAAAUGCAAUAGUACACCUGUCAAAACUCCUAACCUCAGUUUCCACUAUUUUCCGAAAAAAGGACAAAUGAAAAUUAAUUAUGUUAAUAAAUUUGGAACUGUCGAGUUAAUUGACAAGAGAAUUUUGUGGGAAAGAGUGUUGAGAAUGGGUAAAAAGGUGACACGUAGCAUGAGAGUUUGUUCUUUGCACUUUGUCAAAAAAGAUUUUACGUGUGUUACAAAAUCUGAUUUUUCUCAAGUAAAAGUUUUAAAGAGAACAGUCAUACCAUCUGUGAACUUACCGAAAUCUUCCAUAGAAUCAAAUCCAUCAGAAGUAUCAGUUAAAAAUAUUAAGGAAAGACAAGCUCGAUUCGAAAAUCGCCAAAAAAAUGAUUCAAAGGAAAAUGAAAACAUUGAAAUUUGCAAUUGUUUGCUUGAUCCUAAAAUUAACAAUGCGACUGGUAACGAAAAGAAAAUAAAUGAUGAGUCAGCUGUUACUAACACGAAUUUAAAUGAAGAAAUUGCAGCAUUUGAAAAAUUAUUUGCUGAUGCUGAGGUACAGGUUACGAGUGGAGAUUUAAUUUCAAGCUUCUUUGAUCAUUUUUUGAAAACUGAUCAACAAUUAAGCACCGCUACAGGGAUUGAAUGUUUUCAAUUAUUUGACAGCAUAGUAGAUGCAUUCAGCGAAGCUGCACCAGAAUUAAAAAGUACGACUCGAGUGUUAAAUAUUCGGGACAGAAUUUUACUGACGUUUGUGAAGCUAAAACAAAACGUUAGUUACUCGUUUCUCUCACUGUUAUUUCCUACUGUCACUAUAAGAAAUUGCUCAGAAAUUAUUUAUAAUACUCUGGACAUUUUGGAAAUUGUUUUAAAACCGAUGAUUCAUUUUUCAUCUCAAGAUGAAAUUUCGAGAAACAUUCCUCUUUGCUUUGCCAAUUAUCCUAAUACAACAAUAAUAUUAGAUUGCACUGAAAUAGGAAUUCAGAAACCGAAGAACUUGUGCUGCCAAAUUAAUUGUUAUUCUCACUAUAAAGGGGGAUAUACGAUAAAAUUCAUGACAGGAGUAACUCCUGCCGGAACUCUGUCGUAUGUUUCGAAAGUUUAUGGGGGCAGAGCAUCUGACAAAGCAAUUUUCAGCCAAAGCUUUUUAGUGGAUCAUUUACCGAAAGGUUCAUCUGUGAUGGUGGAUAAAGGUUUUUUAAUCGACGACUUGUGCAUCGACAACAAAUUAAAUUUAAUAAGACCGUCAUUUCUUAGAAAACAAUCACAAUUUUCAGUCGAUAGUGCAUUAAAAAUGCAGACAUUGCAAGCGCAAGGGUUCACGUGGAGAGAUUAAACCAAAGAUUAAAAGUAUUUGAAAUACUUAGCGGUAAAAUGUCUUCGUGUCUUAUUCCAAAAAGUGAAAAAAUUAUGAACAUUCUGUGUGCUGUGGUAAAUUUAAGUAAACCAAUAUUUAAAGAUUCACUAAAAUUUUAUUUUUGCUGAAUUAAUGCAUUAAAUGCAUAAAAAUUACAAAUUGGUUUUAAAUAAUUUAAUUGAUGUAAAUAAUAUGUAUUAAUGUUUUUAUUAAAUCGUAAAUAAAAAGAAAUUUAUUUAU